AUGCGGGCAAGGUCAUACGAAGGAUACGGCAACGGAACAUUUGUCGUUCCUACGACGUUUCGGCCAUCUGGAGGGGGACCAGGGCCGUCGUUAACUAUGCGAUCCGCUUGGGUCGCGUGCCCCGAGCGACAGAUCCGCUUUGUUGCAUGCCCGCGGCGAAUGCGUUCCGGUCAACCCAGGAUGGAUCUGCUUGAAGGGUGGAUCUCAGUAUCGAGGAUUUGA